GGAGGAGGGGAGAGCAGCUGAGAGGAGGGAGCAAGGGCGGGAGGAGACACAUGCGCGCUGCCUGCCGCCGCCGCCGCCGCAGUCCUUAGCUUCCCGGGGACAGGAAACCUUCGAGACCGAGCUGCCACUGCCGCCUCCCCGACUGCCCCCUAUUCCGCGCGCCUGCCACACCCUCCUCCCCUUCUUCCAGGAUCUUCCGGUGGGGCACUGCAGGGACUCGGCCCGAGCAGCAGUCUCCCCCUCCCGGGGGAAAGCUGUGACCCCCCCGCAGGAGCGGCGGGGCGGGGUGGGGGGGGCCCGGGAGAAGAUGGCGACGCCGGGAAGCGAACCCCAACCUUUCGUCCCUGCCCUCUCGGUGGCUACUCUGCACCCACAUCAUCAUCCCCACCACCACCACCACCACCAUCAGCACCACGGAGGAACCGGAGCCACCAGCGGGGUCGGGGGAGGCGGCGGCGGCGGCGGCGGCGGCGGCAGCGGGGGCUUCAACCUGCCCUUGAACCGGGGGCUGGAGCGCGCGCUGGAGGAAGCGGCCAAUUCCGGGGGGUUGAACCUCAGCGCCAGGAAAUUAAAGGAAUUUCCCAGGACUGCGGCCCCCGGGCACGACCUCUCGGACACGGUGCAAGCAGAUUUAUCUAAAAACAGACUGGUCGAAGUCCCAAUGGAGUUGUGCCAUUUUGUAUCACUGGAAAUUCUUAAUCUGUAUCAUAAUUGCAUCAGAGUCAUUCCUGAGGCCAUCAUUAAUCUGCAGAUGCUGACUUACUUAAACUUGAGUCGAAAUCAGCUGUCUGCCCUGCCUGCCUGCCUGUGUGGUCUGCCUCUCAAAGUCUUAAUCGCAAGUAACAACAAACUUGGAUCGCUGCCAGAAGAGAUAGGUCAGCUCAAACAGUUGAUGGAGUUGGACGUCAGCUGCAACGAGAUCACAGCCUUGCCCCAGCAGAUAGGUCAGUUGAAAUCUCUACGGGAACUGAAUGUCAGAAGAAAUUACCUUAAAGUUUUACCACAAGAACUAGUAGAUCUUCCCUUGGUAAAGUUUGACUUUUCCUGCAAUAAAGUGCUCGUGAUUCCCAUUUGUUUUAGAGAGAUGAAACAGCUACAAGUAUUACUGCUCGAGAACAACCCUUUGCAGUCUCCUCCAGCGCAGGUUUGCACAAAGGGCAAAGUGCACAUAUUCAAGUAUCUGAGCAUACAAGCAUGUCAGAUUAAGACAACCGACUCCCUUUAUCUCCACACGAUGGAGAGGCCACAUUUACACCAGCACGUGGAAGACAGCAAGAAGGAUUCUGAUUCCGGCGUUGGAAGUGAUAAUGGAGAUAAGCGUUUAUCUGCCACAGAGCCUUCUGAUGAAGACACUGUUAGCCUCAAUGUGCCAAUGUCAAACAUCAUGGAAGAAGAACAGAUCAUCAAGGAGGACUCAUGCCAUCGCCUUAGCCCAGUUAAAGGGGACUUUCAUCAGGAAUUUCAACCAGAGCCUCCCCUUUUGGGUGACAAUGACAACUCAGGAGAAGAAAAAGACCAAUUUACUGAUGGAACAGAUGUUCUCCGUUCCGAAUUUAUAACCUAUAUUCAGGAUAGGGCUGAGGACUGUGAAGAACUGUUACGGAUAGAAGAGGACACGCACUGGCAAUCUGAGGGAAUAGUAAGUUCGUCUAAAGACCAGGACAUGGAUAUAGCGAUGAUUGAACAGCUGAGAGAAGCAGUAGAUUUGCUGCAAGAUCCCAACAGAUUAAGCACUGAUAUUACAGAGAGAAAUGUUGUAAACUUUUAUCCUAUGGAAUCUGCAGAAGCCUUAGACUUACAAGAUUCUGCGCUAAAUGGUCAAAUACAGCUGGAGACGUCUCCGGUGUGUGAGGUGCAAAAUGAUCUAACCUUACAGAGCAAUGGGAGCGAGUAUUCUCCAAAUGAGAUGAGAGCGAACUCGCCUGCAAUCUCUCCCACCUCCAACAGCACAGCUCCAUUUGGCCUGAAGCCUCGAUCAGACCCAGCCCUCACUCUUCCUCCUAUCUCCUUCAACAAACUUACACAGGCACAAACAUGGGACAGCUCUAGCUACAGUGUUCCAUCUGAAGGAGACAGUGACAAUGUGUUUCUAAGACCUCAGAGAAAUUUGGAAUCUAUAGACCCACAAUUUACAAUUCGGAGGAAAAUGGAACAGAUGAGAGAGGAGAAGGAACUGGUGGAACAACUCCGUGAGAGCAUUGAGGUGAGACUCAAGGUCAGCCUGCACGAAGACCUGGGGGCUGCACUCAUGGAUGGCGUGGUCCUCUGCCACCUGGUCAAUCACAUCCGCCCACGAUCCGUCGCAAGCAUCCACGUCCCCUCACCAGCAGUUCCCAAACUUAGCAUGGCCAAAUGCAGAAGAAACGUGGAGAACUUUUUGGAAGCAUGCCGAAAAUUAGGAGUACCAGAGGCCGACCUCUGCUCUCCGUAUGACAUCCUGCAGUUGGACUUUCGUCACAUUCGAAAGACUGUUGACACUCUGCUGGCCCUUGGGGAGAAACCCCCACAACCAACUUCUGCCCUCCGCUCCAGGGACCUUCUAAGCUUCUGUCUUGUCCAUAUUCUCUUUAUAGCGCUCAUGUAUAUCACUUACCGCUGGAAUGCUCUGUCCGCAUAACGUCUGCAUGCACUGUGUCCCCUGGUCCAUCACAGGGGCCUUCCUCCAUUUGAGCCUUUGCCUGGCCGACUUCCAUCCCUGUCAUCUCUUUAGUAAUCUCUGGAGUUUCGAAGCCAAACUUUACGAGUUAGAUUUUUCCCAAAGCACAAACUUUAUAGCAUGCAGUUCCCAUUAAAUAAUUUCUCUCUCUUACUGAAAAACAGCGUCAAGUGUAUCCAGAGCUCACGCUUUCUCAUUCACAUAGUGCCAGCAGGAGUGCUAUGCAGUUCUCUCUCUCCCGGGGAGCUUCGCUGCCCUGGGUAGAGCAGAAGAAGAUUCCAGAACAGGAGCAGAGGGGAUUUAGCGUAUCUUUCCUUUGGGUCAGUGUCGGACCUAAUUCAGGACUGGGCAAUUGAGGUGUAGAAGGACCACCCUGCAGAGGAGACAGAAAACUGGCAUUUGGGGCCCAAUUUGGCCUAUGAAAGUCUUUAAUAAUACCAUCGUUGACCAAGUUGAAAAAUACCAUCAGCAAAUGACCGCUUUGCUGGCCAUACAGUUGGAUUCCUCCCUGUUUCCUGCCAUGGGAGUAGUGAGGGGCACCAGGGAGGGUUGCCGCCCACCUCUACCUUGAAGGAGCCCCUCUGCCCGGCCGCAUGAGACCCAGCUGUGCAGUGUGCAGUGGGUCACUGGGGAAGGAGGGUCCGUUGCUGUUAGAGCGCCACCUGGAGGGUUCGCUUGCACAUCACUGCGCAUAUUUUUACUUUUCGCUCCUUUGUUAGGUCUACUCUGAGCUCUUAGAAAAGCAUUUUCCAGAAGGGAAUUUCUAUUUUUAAAUAAUGUAAUGGGUUGUUUCGCUUUUCUGCUACAUCCCAUCAUAACUGCAGGUCAAGAAUGUGAUGAAUUUGACUGUAUUUGCUUUCAAAUAAAGCCAUGAGUCAUGGAACAUUCUUGGUCCUGGGACUUGGGUUACUACGGCAGAAGCCAACAGUAAGAUUGCUCUUAUUUUAGAAGAAUGUAGUUUCCCUAAUGACUUGAAAUUUUCAUUUAACCUUUGAUUUCCAGUGACAUUGGCAAGCUGCUUUUAUCCUUAAGGAAGCUUACAGGAUUGUAUAUUAGCUAUAUCUACUCUUGGAGCAAUGCGAUCAGUUUGUAACUAAAAGAAAAGAAGCCCAUUAGAAUCUUGUUUAGGCCAAGACAUUCCUGGUUCUGGGCUGUCUUUUUCUAAUAUGAGAACGCCCUCCUCCACGGUUCAGUUUCCCCUAUGCUUCACUUUACAUCUGGUUGCCAAAUACUAUUUCUUUUUUUUUUUUUUAAAGAUUUUA